AUGGCUUUCUCCUUUAGAAAACCUGUCCUCACGCUCAUCUCUUUUCUUGCCCUAUUCUCUCUCCAUCUCCGAGCAGUGUCCUCUGCUUCGACCACCCCGUCUUCUCCGAUCAUCACCACUGAACACCCACUCGACCCUCUCACUAAAGACGAGAUUGCACUGAUCAGAACCAUCGUCCUCAAAAAACACCCCUCCGACGCUACAUUCCACUAUGUCGGCCUCGACGACCCCGACAAGACCACCUUACUUAAAUGGGCUUCAUCGCCUAACAAAAACCUCGUACACAUCCCUCGCCUCGCCUUUGUCAUCGCCAUCGUGAAGUCCCAAAUCCACGAGAUCCUUGUCAACCUCAAAACCCGAGAAAUCCUCUCCGAUAAUGUUCAUACCAGUAACGGCUUCCCCACCCUCACCUCCGACGAACAAAAUGAGGCCAUUUUACUUCCCUUGAAGUACGGUCCCUUCAUUGAGUCGGUUAAAAAGAGAGGGCUCAACUUGUCGGACGUUGUGUGCGCGGCUUUUACUGUUGGCUGGUAUGGGGAGACCAAGAGCAUUCGUUCUUUGAGAAUUGAGUGCUUUAUGAUGGGCGAGACGGCCAAUAUAUAUGUGAGGCCAAUCAAUGGAAUCCUUAUACUGGUAGAUAUUGACAAGAUGAAGAUUAUUCAGUACCGGGAUAGAUCUGUGGAACCUGUGCCUAAGGCCGAGGAUACUGAGUAUAGAAUUGAGCAUCAACAGCCACCUUUUGGUCCUAAGCUUCACGGAAUGGCCAUGAUUCAACCAGAGGGGCCAGGAUUUAAGAUCCAAGGCCAUAGCGUCAGCUGGGCCAAUUGGAAGUUCCACGUGGGGUACGAUGUGAGAGCAGGAGUAGUAAUAUCGAUGGCAUCAAUCUACGAUCUGGACAAGCACAAGUCUCGAAGGGUGCUUUACAGAGGCUUUAUCUCGGAGCUGUUCGUGCCGUACCAGGAUCCCUCCGAUGAAUGGUACUAUAGGACAGUUUUGGACGCCGGCGAGUACGGGUUCGGACAGUCCAUGGUGUCGUUGGAACCGAACCGAGACUGUCCCCCUCUUGCUCAGUUCAUGGAUGUUUACCUUCAUGACCGUGAGGGCAAACCCGUGCUCCUCGAAAACGCCUUCUGUAUCUUUGAACAGCACGGCGGGAUCUCGUGGCGUCACACUGAGAGUGGCAUUCCCAAUCAAAGAAUUCGAGAGGUCAGAUCAGAUGUGAGAUCGGUGGUGAGAUCGGUGGUGACUGUGGGCAACUACGACAAUGUUAUCGAUUGGGAUUUCAAGCCCAGCGGUUCCCUCAAGCUAGGGAUAGCACUCUCUGGAAUCCUGGAAAUUAAGGCAGUUGAUAUUAAGCACAAGGACGAAAUGAAGGAAGAAGAACAUGGAACAUUGGUGUCGGAGAAUAGUAUUGGAGUAUACCACGACCACUUCUACAUCUACCACCUCGACCUCGACAUUGACGGUGAAGAAAACUCCUUCGUGGAGACAGAUUUGAAGACUGUGAAAGUCACAGACGGCAGCUCAAAAAGGAAGAGCUACUGGAUCGCUGAGGCUCAAACACUGAAGAAUGAAUCUGCAGCUAAGAUCAGGCUGGGGAGUAGCCCGUCGGAGCUAGCCAUUGUUAACCCUAACAAGAAGACCUCCGUCGGCAACGAAGUCGGCUACCGCCUCAUUCCGGCGAUGCCAGUUCAUCCCCUUUUGAUUGAAGACGAUUACCCACAAAUGCGAGGAGCUUUUACAAACUAUAAUGUGUGGGUUACUCCAUAUAACAGGAGCGAGAAGUGGGCUGGGGGACUGUACGUUGAUCAGAGCCGUGGAGAAGAUACCCUGGCCGUUUGGACUAGAAAGGACAGGAAUAUUGAGAACAAGGACAUUGUUCUGUGGCACGUGGUGGGGAUUCAUCACGUGCCAGCACAGGAGGAUUUCCCAAUAAUGCCAUUGUUGAGCACUUCGUUUGAACUGAGGCCAACCAACUUCUUCGAGAGGAAUGCCGUUCUGAAGACACCCUCUCCCAAGUCUUGGAAAUGGCCAGCCUGCCCCAAGCAAAACUAGCUUG